CAUUUAUUAAAAUACGUCGGUCACAGUUGAACUCAAUUUGCAUCGAGUAUUUGUUCAGUUGAAGUGUUUUGUGAUUUCUUUUUUUUAUCCAUCACAAAACAAUAUACAAAAUGGUUAACAUCAUGGCUGUAAAUCCUAUUAUUGCAUUAUCGACUUUAAAUUUAUUGUUUUAUUUACUGUUCAUGGCUGCAGUGUUAUGGUAUGUAUACUUUCGAAUUACACACAAGGAGAUGAUAGAGUUGGCUAGUAAGAUUCAAGGGCUAGAAGGAUUACCAAUUUUUGGUGUGGCUUUCCAGGCUAUAUGGACGGAUCCUCACACACUAUUUAUGAAGUUGUUAGAAAUAAGUUAUACUUUUGAUAUAAGAAAACCGAUAAAAGGAUGGCUAGGAACUAGAUUAGGAAUCUUUUUAUUAGAUCCUGAUGACAUAGAAGUGAUUCUUAGUAGCUAUGUGUAUAUUGAUAAGUCUCCUGAAUAUAAAUUUUUUGAACCAUGGUUAGGAAAUGGACUUUUAAUUAGUACGGGUGAAAAAUGGAAAGCACAUAGAAAACUGAUUGCGCCUACUUUUCAUUUAAACGUAUUGAAGUCAUUCAUAACACUGUUCAAUAUUCAUAGUAGAGACACUGUCGUCAAAUUGAUGAAACUGAAUAACAAGGAAUUCGACAUUCAUGACUAUAUGAGCGAAUGCACAGUUGAAAUAUUGUUGGAAACAGCUAUGGGAGUAAGUAAAAACACACAAAAGCACAGUGGUUUCGAGUAUGCUGAUGCAGUUAUGAAGAUGACUAAUAUUUUACACUUACGACACACGCGUUUGUGGUUAAGACCCGAUCUCAUUUUCAAUCUCACUAAACAUGCCAAGGACCAAUUGCAUCUGCUAGACAUAAUUCACAGUCUCACGUAUAAUGUUUUAGCUAAAAAAAAAGACGAAUACUUUAAAAAGAAAGACGCUCCAAAAAUCAAUGUGCUAGACUCCGAAUUAAUAACUCGCGAAUCGGAAAAUGGUUUGGAAGUGAACAGAAAUAAGGAAAUACCUUAUGGUAAUUCAUUUGGUCAAUCUGCUGGUUUAAAGGAUGAUUUGGAUGUAGAAGAUGAUGGAAUAGGAGAAAAGAAAAGAUCAGCAUUUUUGGAUCUUAUGAUAGAAUGCGCGGAGAAUGGUUUAGUAUUAUCGGAUAAAGAAGUUCGAGAACAAGUUGACACCAUUAUGUUUGAAGGACAUGAUACAACAGCAGCUGGCAGUAGCUUCUUUUUGUGUUUAAUGGGAGAACAUAAAGAAAUUCAGGAAAAAGUCGUCGAAGAAUUAUAUUCGAUUUUUGGAGAUUCUGAUAGACAAUCCACGUUUCAAGAUACUAUUGAAAUGAAAUUUUUGGAAAGAUGUAUAAUGGAAACUCUUCGUUUGUAUCCGCCAGUUCCAAUAAUCGCUCGUCAUCUUUAUGAAAAUGUUAAACUGGAAUCAAAGGGUAUAACAUUACCAGCAGGUGCAACUGUAGCUAUUUCCCCAUUCAAACUACACCGUAAUCCAGAUGUGUUCCCUAACCCUGAAAUGUUCAACCCUGAUAACUUUUUGCCAGAAAAAUCGGCUGCCCGCCAUUAUUACUCUUAUAUUCCAUUUAGUGCUGGACCUAGAAGUUGUGUUGGUCGUAAAUAUGCAAUGUUGAAAUUGAAAAUUCUUUUAUCUACAAUUAUAAGGAAUUUUAAAAUUCAUAGUACAGUACCCGAGAAAAAAUGGAAACUCCAAGGUGAUGUUAUUUUAAAGAGGUCUGAUGGCUUUAAAAUUACAUUGGAACCAAGAAAGUCAUUAUCUGAGAAAGUUGUAUACAAUUCAUAUAAAUGAAAAUAUUUUUAAUAAUUUUAAUGAAAAAAUAUAUUAUACAUAAACAUAA